GGACAAUUGUGUACGUAUUUCGAUAUAAUAUGUAAUGCGAAUCAAUUUGUAUUAAUGUAAACGUUUUGAAACUACUUCGAAUUACUUGGAACCGUUUGAAACUUUAUUGGGAAAGUUCAUAUCACUUGAACUGAAUAAUAAUGCAUAUAAUGCUGUAGAUCAACCGAAAAAUGAUACUCAGAAAUUUUAUGCCCCAAUGGAUUGUGAUGUUAAUAUUGACUGUUAUAAUUCUCUAUUUGAAGUUGAGAAUAAAUUUUUUGGAAGAGAACUACCAAUCAUUACACGAUGCCGUUGUACAGAUUCAAAAUGAACUAAAAGAUAAUGUCAAAUCCGAUAUACGAAUAUACAAGCCAACAAAUUAUGAGGAAAUUGUUAUAAUAUAUAAUAGAGUACCCAAAACAGCCUCUACGAGUUUUGUGGGUUUGGUUUAUGAUUUGUGCAAACAAAAUAAAUAUCAUGUUUUACAUAUUAAUGUAACAAAUAACAUGCACACGCUUACACUUUUUAAUCAGAUUCAAUUUGUAAAUAAUAUAUCAACAUGGAACGCAAUAAAGCCAGCAUUUUAUCAUGGCCAUAUGGCCUUUUUAAAUUUUGAGAAAUUUGGUGUAAAACAAACUCCUCUUUAUAUAAAUAUAUUACGGAAACCUUUAGAUAGAUUUGUAUCUUAUUAUUAUUUUUUACGAUAUGGCGAUAAUUUUAGACCUCAUCUCAUAAGAAAAAAACAUGGUGAUACUAAAACAUUUGAUGAAUGUGUCAAUAUUGGUCAACCUGACUGUGAUCCUAAUAAUAUGUGGCUCCAAAUUCCUUUUUUAUGUGGUCAUGAUCCAGCUUGCUGGGAAGUUGGAAAUAAAUGGGCAUUAGAAGAAGCUAAGAGAAAUUUACAAAGACAUUAUCUUUUAGUAGGUGUUACUGAAGAAUUAGCAGAAUUUGUACAAAUAUUACAGAUUGUAUUUCCACGAUUCUUCAAAGGGGCGUAUGAAUCGUUUUUAUAUAAUAAUAAAUCGCAUUUACGACAAACGACGCAAAAAAUCGAUCCGUUACCGGAAACAGUGGAAAAAAUUCAAAAAACAGUUGUUUGGAAAAUGGAAAAUGAAUUAUAUAAUUUUGCUUUAACUCAUUUUCAUGCUGUUAAAAAGCGUCUCAUAAGUGCUUCUCUUCAAGAUAUUAAUCAACGAUUUAUGUAUGAAAAAAUACGACCUAAAUAAAAAGCAUUUUUUUAUAUCGAAAAA